UGGCUCUCUCACAGGUUAAUUGGGGAAGUGUGGCCUUUAUCCCGUGCGACUUAUUGCUUAUUCCUUUCCGUGAGAUCCAACGUAAUGCAGAGUUUCAAUUGCGUACAAAAUUACCUUUUAAUGGCCUUUCUUCACCUUUUAGUUCAAGCCUCUUCAAACGAUCUAUUCGCACGGAGUUCCUGAAGAGCACAGCACCUCUUUUUGAAAAGGACUUCCAUAUACUCCAGGACUUUGUAUUAUAGUCCGACAUAUGUUCUGUAAUGCUGUUUCAGUUACAGAACUCUCCAUUUUCCCUAGUUCUUCUCGAUCGACUACUCUCCACAAUCAUGGCUCUCCUCCCUGCUCCCAGUGAACCUGUAGCCACUGGCAAAGUCAUACAUGCUAGCGGAUAUCGAAAUCUCCCACCAGAUGAGCUAGUUGACCUCGCAAUUGAGAGUCACAUUGCCCGUGUAGUCAAACGGUCUCUCGUUGGCGGCGAUGAAUCAUUCUUCAUCGCAGAUUUGGGCCAGAUACUUCGACAGCAUCGUCGUUGGACCCAGCAUAUGCCCGGAAUACGACCGUAUUAUGCGGUUAAAUGCAAUUGUGACCCAACCUUUCUCAAAGUUCUUGCAGAACUAGGGACAGGGUUUGAUUGCGCUUCCAUUGAAGAGAUGCGCGCAGUUCUCAGCCUCGGCGUGGACCCAACCCGGAUUUUGUUCGCCAAUCCAUGCAAGGCGCCCGCCGCCGUAGCUUUUGCGCGCGAGAUUGGCGUCUUGCGAACAACAUUUGACAAUAUCGACGAAUUGGAUACCAUCAAGGCACACAUGCCGGAAGCUCAAUUGUUACUUCGGAUCUAUGCAAAUGACGAGGGUGCUUUCAUUUGUCUCGGUGAAAAAUUUGGUGCGCAGUUGGAUACGACCGAGGAGCUACUUUCAAGAGCUUGGGAGCUUGGACUGAAUGUGAUUGGUGUUAGCUUUCAUGUUGGGACCGGUGCUACCAACCCAGCAUCAUUUUGCAAGGGCAUCAAAGAUGCACGUCUGGCGUUUUCACAAGCUGAACGUCUAGGUUUCCACCCCAAAAUACUCGAUAUCGGUGGCGGCUUUCAAGAUGAUUGCUUUGAGUCUAUGGCCCCUAUUAUUCGAGACGCGAUUCGGUCGGAGUUCCCAAUUGGUACCACAACGAUUGCAGAACCAGGUCGGUUUUUUGCUCGUAGUGUGUAUACUCUUGUAUGUCGAGUGAUUUCACGUCGCCGUCAGCUUGGGAGUGCUGCUCGAUCUGGUGUUCCAGACAUGCUUUAUCAAAACGAUGGCAUAUACGGAAAUUUCAUGAAUGUGAUUAUGGAGAAAGAGACCAUGGUUCCUUAUUUGGUCAAGAGUAAGAAGGCCAGGGGUUUCUUGCAUAAGCCAAAACCAGAGGAUGCUUUGCAAGUAACAGAUCAUCACCGGUACUCGAUUUGGGGGCCUACAUGUGACAGCACCGAUUGUGUUGUGCGCGAGGUGACGCUUGAUUCUGAAGUUAAGGUUGGAGAUUGGCUCAAAUAUAAAAACAUGGGAGCAUAUACAAGUACCACUGCGACUCAGUUCAAUGGUUUCAGCAGCACCUAUGACACAUUUUAUGUCAAUAGUGAAACGUUGCCUGACUAUUAGCCGGUGUCAUGAUAUUUUGGUAUUUGUGGUCUUGAAGCCAUUUGUAUGGGGGUGGCCCAGUCUCUCGCUCGAAGAGGCCAUUGUGGAUAAGCUGCACAUGGUAUGAUAUAUGACACGGCAUAUCAACGGGGUCUAGAACGAAAAACAUAGCCGUGGCCCGUGUGAUUGACGGUCUCGAGCAUAUUGACAGUCAGGGGCUGGUACAACCGGAAAACAUGUGAUUAGCAGGCCCCGGGGACUUAGAUCGCUUACACGAUCUGUGAAAAUUUCAAGUGUAAAUCGAUGAAUAACCUGCAUUCAUUCAGCUUGAGCGCGCAGCCUCUUGCGUAUAUCUAUACCGAAAACCAUAACAUCCAUAACUAUAAUAGGGAGGAUGACCGAGCCCAUCCAAAAUGAAACAAUAAUCGCACGCUUAAACAAAGAAACACCAUAAUUUCCAGCGGUUUUCAUAUCACUCCAGAUGGAAUGAAGAUAGCAAAGAGGAUAUCAAUCAUGAGAAGGAAAAAAAAAAGAAAAC